GUAUUUUAAUACACAUAACUUCAGUUUCUAUAGGAAAAUUACGGAAAAAUAUUUAGAAACCCAUUGCGUAUGCUGGAAACUUUGUUCUUGAAGAUGGACGAACUCGAAGUGAAUAAAAGUACACAAGUGAUUAAUUAAAACAUUCAUUAUUCUCUUUGAGACGCAAACCGUCGUCCUAAUUCUUUGUCGUAUCGAUAUCUACCCCCUUAAUGAAUGAACGUGUAUGUGUGUGUAUGUGUUAUUCUAAAAAAUCAGGACUAGGAAUCAUCGUGCUGAGGACAAGGGAAUUUUAAGCGAAAAGACAACUUCCAUCUAGCAUGGAGCCUUCGGUAUGUUUAAACGACGAGGCAGAUUUUGAAGCACAGAACGCUGCUCUGCAGGAGUACGGACAAUAUACCACAGUGUAUCCAAAUGCUUCACUCUACGCAACGACCAAGGCUUCAGCUGGCAUGGGCAUGGCGGGGCGCUUGGGCUCCCAAUGCUCAUAUCGCCCUGAUCAUGGCUCAGCAAAGGUAAUUGGCUCGCAGAGCAAUUUGACAAGUUCGGUACAAGAACUCAAUAGUUCAGCCGCCAUGCAGCCGGAUCAGGGUGGAAUGAUGCCAGCACCAAAUCUUCGUUAUUUACAACCUUCCCAGUACGAGGAAAUGGCGGAGUAUGGCAUGAAUCCGGUAAUGCAAUUUCCUCCGCCGGAAUCUCAGUAUGGGGAAGAUGCACCCGUGGCCUAUGGCUAUGUGUCGGAAGCUAACUAUGUUAUGCCUUCGGUAAGUGCCAAAUCGAAUGCAUACGUCACAAGGCCACCCAUGUUUGAUGACAACCGGAAUGGUGCUGAGGUCGCUAGUGCCAUAGGUCUGCCCCAACCGGGUUUCGAUGACGCUCACGACUUCCAAAAUAAAAUGUCCCAACUGACGAUUAGUUCAUUCGGUAUUGUGUCGCAGCACAUGCGCAACGGCGGAAAGGAUGAAAUGGUGGACGGGUCUUGCAGCGACAUUUGUUCCACUAUGCGAUGGCGAGAUCCAAAUCUGUCUGAAGUCAUAAGCUUUCUCAAUAACCCAAACAAUGCAAUUAAGGCCAAUGCCGCAGCAUAUUUGCAGCAUUUGUGCUACAUGGAUGAUCCAAUCAAACAACGAACACGUAUCUUGGGCGGCAUACCUCCUCUGAUAAGAUUGCUUUCCUACGAGGCACCUGAGAUCUACAAAAAUGCGUGUGGAGCCUUAAGAAAUCUGUCGUAUGGUAGACAAAAUGAUGAAAACAAAAGAGAAAUCAAAAACGCUGGUGGUCUAGCAGCCUUGGUCAAUUUAUUAUGUCGUACACAAGAGUCUGAAGUUAGAGAACUCGUGACGGGUGUUCUCUGGAAUAUGUCUUCGUGUGAAGAUAUUAAACGCUUUAUCAUCGAUGAAUGCUUGUCGGGGAUCGUUAGUAAUAUUAUACAUCCACAUUCCGGCUGGGACCCAGCCUGUCCCGGUGACACAUGUUUUUCCACAGUAUUUCGAAAUGCAUCAGGCGUUCUGCGCAAUGUAAGCUCCGCAGGUGAAUACGCACGCACUCAGUUGCGCAAUUGCGAUCAUUUGGUGGAAUGCCUACUCUACGUUGUGCGUCAGGCAAUUGAAAAGAACAACAUUAGUAAUAAGACCGUAGAGAAUUGUGUGUGCAUUUUACGUAACCUCUCGUAUCGCUGCCAGGAGGUCGAAGACCCGAAUUACGAUAAGCAGCCAAUAUCUGUGCCGACCAGAGCUUUAUCUUCGAGCAAGGGCGAAAACCUCGGCUGCUUUGGCACUAGCAAAAAGAAGAAAGCUCAAGCCCAAAGUGAACAGCUGGACGGGGGCGUCCAAUCCGGCUCAAGUUCAAAGAACAAUGGCAGCGAUCAAAGCAACCGAGGACCACUAAAGGGCUACGAACAUUUGUGGCAACCCGAAGUAGUGCAAUAUUAUUUGGCUCUGUUGCAAAGUUGCUCAAAUCCCGAAACGCUUGAGGCGGCAGCUGGUGCAAUACAAAAUUUGUCGGCCUGUUAUUGGCAGCCGAGCAUAGACAUACGGGCAGCCGUUCGCAAAGAAAAGGGCUUGCCGAUAUUAGUCGAGUUACUGCGCAUGGAAGUGGAUCGCGUGGUGUGCGCCGUUGCUACAGCUUUAAGGAAUUUGGCCAUUGAUCAGCGCAACAAAGAGCUGAUAGGCAAAUAUGCUAUGCGGGACUUAGUACAAAAGUUGCCUUCCGGUACCCAGCACGAUCAAAAUACCUCCGAUGACACGAUCACUGCUGUACUGGCCACCAUCAAUGAGGUGAUUAAAAAGAACGCCGAGUUCUCGCGAUCUCUGCUGGACGCCGGCGGUGUUGAGCGUCUCAUGAACAUCACCAAUCAGCGUCAAAAGUAUACUUCGUGCGUCAACAAAUUUGCUAGUCAGGUCUUGUUCACAAUGUGGCAGCAUCACGAACUGCGGGAUGUUUACAAAAAGCAUGGCUGGAAGGAACAGGAUUUCCUAACAAAAUUCAUUGACUCUCACAGUGCGUCAGCCCACUCGCCCAACAAUUCGAACAGUACAUUGAAUCGGCCCAUGGCCUCACAGGGACGCACACGCUACGAGGAUCGAACCAUUCAGCGAGGCACCAGCAACUCGGGCCGCAACAAGGACGACCAACAGCAACAGCAGUCGCAUCAAUCCCAAGCAAGAUCUUGCCAAGACACCCAAAUGCUGCGUCAAAUGGUGGACGAGUACGCCAUGAACGGUGGUGUCGUUGAGGAUGGCACAUACCAACGGCCUAGUGCUUACAAUUCAGCUGUACCUAUGCCCAUGUAUAUACCAAGCAGCGAGAAUCCUCGAAAUCCGCCUAAUUAAAGCAGCAUCACUUAUUAUGUAUAUAAACACACACACAUUUUUACUUUAAAAGUGCGCACAUAUGGCAUAUAUAGAGAACAUAAAACAAAGAGAUAAACGCUUUCAAAGUAAAAGAAAAACAAACAAAAAAAAAUGAAGAAACAACCCAACAUCAGCAAACAACAACAACAACAACAAAGUAUUUGUCAAAUUUUAUUAAACACACAAUUUAUUGCAUAAUAUUAAAAAAAAAGAAAAGAAAAACAAAACAAAAAUAUAUAACAACGUACGGUACGGUAUUUUCGAAAUAGUCGAAACAAGACGCGAGUUGACAUCUACGAAAAAGCAACAUCAGCAGCAGCAUCAGACGAAGAAGAAGAAGAUAGAGAAAAACAACAAAACACCGUAUAAUUAAUAGAACCGAAAUCAUUACCAUUGCAUUUAAUAAAACACCCAUAAAUUCUAAAACAAAAAAAAAAACACGAAA